GAACCACGAAUGCAUCGUUGUCUUCACCUUUUCAUCAGCUUUUUCGGCAUCCAUCUCGCACAAACUUUUUAAAAUCCAAAUCUGUCGUGCACUAUUGCAUAAGCAGAGCCGUGGCUGAUUUGCAAAUGAUUUGCCACAUUAUCCAGUGUCACUCGUCUAUUCCAUAGAGCAUAAGUUCAUGAGCACGUUCAAUGUUGUCAUCGUGGAUGUGGACGGGCGUCCAGCUGUUUUUUCAUAACACUUGUGCGAUCUUCUUUGAACUUUUGUGCCCAUUCAAACACACUUCGUGACAAAACACUUUCUCCAUAAUGUGCAUUAAAUCUUUGAUAAAUAUAGGCAUCAAACAUAACCUCCGACCACAAGAAACGAAUCACAGCAUCCUGCACUGUUUUCCUGCAAAUCACCAUUGCAAAGCGCCAUUACUCGCGCAACGGUCACAAACGAAUUGACGUAACACAAAGAAACCUGCGCAGCAGCACUGAACAGAUAUUGACGUCAUACGAAGAGUGCAGAUGGAUCAAUACGGUCGACAGAAGUUUUAACUAUCUGGAGUGCGGAUAAAUUUUUACUGAGAGUCGUAUAGGAAUCUAUAAUCUAGUACUUUCCAAAAUACGCCGAGAGUAUUCCUGAUGGUGAAACGAGCGUUGCUUCAUCGAACGCAGCUAAAGAAAACAACAUCUAUGUAGUUGGUGGUACGAUGCCUGAAAUAGAGGGCGAUAAAUUGUACAAUACUUGUACUAUUUGGGGUCCCGAUGGAACUUUGAUAGCAAAACACCGAAAGGUACAUCUAUUCGACAUCGACAUUCCUAAUAAGAUUACUUUUCGAGAGAGUGAUUCACUCAGUCCUGGUAACUCCCUAACGACGUUCGAUGUGAAGGGCUGCAAAAUAGGUAUUGACAUUUGCUAUGAUAUUAGAUUCGAGGAAAUGGCACGCAUUUAUCGGAACAAAGGUUGCCAAAUGCUGAUAUAUCCAGCGGCAUUCAAUAUGACCACUGGACCACUGCACUGGUCAUUACUUCAGCGUUCCAGAGCGAAUGAUAAUCAAUUAUACGUUGCCUGCAUAUCACCGGCUCGUGUUCCUUAAGCAAGUUACGUCGCAUGGGGACAUACACAGUUGACCAAUCCCUGGGGAAAGAUUCUUUACGAUUUGGAAACUCAAGAGAAUAUGGCAGUCACCGAUAUCAAAAAAAAAAAAAAAAAAAAAGCUGGCGAACCGUGUGUUACCACAACGAGACCCGCGAUGCUAUUUGUCGCUUUAAAUUGUGCCGCAACUCGUUUUUGAGAUCUUUGCCACGGGCGCGUUAAAAUAUGCUGAAAAUAUAUUUCUGGCUUUUCUGGGGUUUAACUGAAAUAUGACAAAUAACGUUGUAAAACAUAUGUACUUAUGACUUACAGAGUAAUUGAGUGUACAAAAUAUAUAGUAUACAAAAUAGCCAGCGAUUUAGGGCUUUAAAAGAUCAAAAGGAAAGAAAAGAAAAGAAAAGAAGAAAGAUAAUAUGUUGUGGCAGUCUAAGUCGAUCUAAGAAAAUAGAUAAAGGGAGGGAGGGGCAAAGCUAGUUAAUCUGGAAAGAAUCCAAGCGUCAAUUUCAAGCAUUUACAGAGAAUCAAGCGGGCUGGUUAAAGUCGUGAAUUGAGCAAUUAUCCCGCGUUAGGUUCAAUCAGGUUAGUCCCACGCGAAAUUGAUCCAACCAUGCGAAAACGAGUGUAUUCUGAUUUCUGUCGCAGAUACUUCUGGCUAGUGCAGUACCUACACGGUGGUUGUUGAAAUAGCCGCUUCUCAUCUAUUUUCCGCAGCGCGGACAUCAUCCUUUGAUCCCUUACGACUAACGAAGUUUUCGAAGAUGUACGGCAGUUUGAGAUUCUACUUGAAAAUGAUCAUGAUUGCGGUCUGUGUGUCGUCUGCUCUUCUUUUUGUCCUUCCGUUAAAGACUGGUAAGUUGAUACUGAUUAAUUAUGCGAUCGAAACCCUAUAUAAUGGCUACAAAAAUGCCGCUAAUAUAAUAUUCCUUCUUUCUUGUAUCUGUCUGCCUCUCAGGUCGUUUUACUAAUUACAAUAAGUA